CUCUUCCUUGCAAAACAAAAUACCCAGUAGUUUUUUUUUAAAAAAAAGGGGUUCUUAGCAGGAUUUGGCUUGAGAAGUGAAGAGGGAAAGGAAGUAGGGGUCGAGACCUGGCCCCAGGGGUGUCUUGCUUGCAUCACUGGGCAUCUCCAUCGCCACCUUAUGCCUGCUGUCCCAACGGUGAUGGGUUCCAAAUCUUUGAAGAGUAGAAAAGGAAAGAGGCUCUGCCCAAGCCUCUCAAGUUCUUUGUUUUGUGGCAACUAAGAAGUCGGAGAUCUGAGAUGGGAAAAAGAUCGUGCAUUGUCGUCACCCUCGUCUUCUUGGUUUUGGUUCUUGCAGCAGCUGGCUCAGUGCAGUGCCAAGAAGGCGCAGGACAGCAUUCAAGCAUCCCAGAGAUGUACGAGAUUGACUACCGAGGCCCGGAGACCCAUUCUUCCUUGCCUCCUCCACAAUCUUUGAGAGAUCCAAAGGCCAAGCUGUCAAGAAAAAGAGACAAGGGCAGUGAUAGAAAAGCUACUCAUGGGUAAGAGGAGGUGCGAGAAUGGUUCUCGUGUUUAUGGACGUGGUAGAUAAAACUUUAGCCAUGAUUGUAUACAAUUAUUAAUCUGAGGGAAGGUGAAGUAAUCUGGUUGUACUUUCAAGUAUAUGAUAGUUAAUAAAUAUAACAAUAUUAACGCA